UGACGUCACUAUGUGACGUCAUCGCUUCCGCCUGGUCGCCGAGGCCGCCCCAUCACCCGCCGCGGUGCGCGCCGGGAGGAGAAGGAGGCAGGAAGAUGGCCGCGGGGCAGCAGUGGGUGCUGGUGGAGAUGGCGCAGGCCCUGUACGAGGCGCCAGCGUACCACCUGCUGCUGGAGGCACUGCUCAUCUUGUGCAUCGUGCGUCUGCUCUUCUUCUCGAAGUCCUACCGUGUGCUGGAGCGCUCAGACCUCACUGACAAGGAAAAAGAGGAGCUAAUAGAGGAAUGGACGCCGGAUCCAUUGGUACCACCUGUGCCUCAGGACCACCCUGCACUCCACUACUCUAUUGUGUCAGGGGAGCCAGGAAAGAAAAUUGUGGUAAAUGACAAAGAGUGCAUUAACUUGGCCUCCUUCAACUUCCUUGGACUCCUAAGCAACAAGAGAGUCAAGAAAGUGGCACUUGAGUCUCUGGCGAAAUAUGGUGUGGGGACAUGUGGGCCUCGUGGGUUUUACGGCACCUUUGAUGUGCACCUCGAGCUGGAGGAGCAGAUCGCCCGGUUCAUGCGCUGCGAGGAAGCCAUCAUCUACGCGUACGGUUUCUCCACCAUUGCCAGUGCCAUCCCUGCAUACUCCAAACGCGGGGACAUCAUAUACGUGGAUGAAGCGGUGUGCUUUGCCAUACAAAAGGGCCUUCAGGCAUCCCGCAGCAACGUGAAAUACUUCCGACACAACGACGUGGCCGACUUGGAGAGGCUGCUUCAGCAACAGCAGCAAGAGGACCGCAAGAACCCGAAGAAGGCGAGCGUGGUGCGGCGCUUCCUGGUGGUGGAGGGGCUGUACACCAACACGGGGGACGUGUGUCCACUGCCUGACCUGGUGCGGCUCAAGUACCAGUACAAGGUGCGGAUUUUCCUCGAGGAGAGCCUCUCCUUCGGUGUGCUGGGGGAGACGGGCCGCGGAGUCACCGAGCACUUCGGGGUCAACAUCGAUGACAUCGACCUCAUCAGUGCCAACAUGGAGAAUGCCCUGGCCUCGAUCGGAGGUUUCUGCUGUGGGCGCUCCUUUGUGAUUGACCAUCAGCGACUGUCUGGGCAGGGCUACUGCUUCUCGGCGUCGCUGCCACCGCUGCUCGCAGCCGCGGCCAUGGAGGCCCUCUCCAUCGUCGAGGAGUGCCCAGAUAUUUUUGGCGAAUUGCGCAAGAGAAGCAAGCACAUGCACAGAGCACUGCAGGACGUGCCAGGGCUGCUGCUGUGCGGCGAGUCCCUCUCCCCUGCCGUCCACCUGCGUCUGGCCGAGCCGUCGAGAUCCCGGGAUAAGGACAGACGCACCCUGCAGAGGGUCGCAGAGCUCUGCCUGGAGGAUGGGGUUGCUUUGACACAAGCCCAAUACCUGGAGAAAGAAGAGAAAUUCACACUCCCUCCAAGUCUGAGAGUGGUGGUGAGCGUGGAGCUGACGCUUGAGGAGUUGGAUCUGGCGGCCCAGGUGAUACGAGGGGCAGCACGGCGCGUGCUCGCGGCUUGAAGGAGGACCAACGGUGAAAGAAGAGGCGCAGUUAUUUUUAACGAAAUUACAAUCGUGUAAUUUAAGUACAGGGAGCACUGAUUUGCUUUUCUAUUGCCGAAUGAGGACUUUUGGGCAUUAGGUUAGGGGGGUAACGCUCUGAGAAGGCACAAACACAAAUAACGGCAUUGGGUUUUGCACACUUGCCUGUGAUUGCUUUGAAACAUUGAUCGGCUACAAAAGCAAGAGGCUUUUGUGUCUUUUUAUUUUUCACUUUUUGUAGUAAUGGCAUUACCGUGUAGGUCUUGUGAGUUCAGCGCUGCCUCUGCACGUGCAUUGCCAAUCGUGUCAAUGGGAAGAUUCGGGGGUCACGAGGAAUCCCAGCUGAUGGCACGCGUGGGAGAAUUGUUCAGGUUGUUUACACGGAUGGUGUCACUUCUGAUAACUUUUAUACUCGUGUUCAUCGUGUGCAUUAAGGCAGACGGUUAAAAGUAAUACUUUGUAACAACUUCAUUCCAUCAACUCGGCACGAGCAUAACGGACCUUAGUUGUAAGUGCAGCAGAUACACGUUGAAAGUUUAGGUGACGUACAAAGCUGCACAACUGAUAACUCGUGUUGAAAAGCUGUCCUGAGCUGUCGACUGGACCAGGGGAGUGCUCGGCAAGUAAAUGCGUUGCCGUGGGCAGAGGGCCGGGCCUGGUGUACGUGGGAGAGCGUGCCGGUUACCGUUCAGCCGUUUUAAUCGGUCACAAUACUUGUUUUUAUCACUGAAAAUAUGGAUUAUGGCCCAAAGUAAAGAACAUUUAUAUUUUAAGUUUAAUGUUAAAUUAACAAUAAACUCUAGUUUGAGUACAACUUG